AUGUCUCUAGAGGCGAUCCGCUACUCGCGGGGCUCUCUGCAGAUCCUAGAUCAGCUGCUGCUGCCCCAGCAGAGUCGCUACGAGGCAGUGAGCUCGGUGCGCCAGGCCUGGGAGGCCAUCCGCGCCAUGAAGGUGCGCGGGGCCCCAGCCAUCGCUCUCGUAGGCUGCCUCAGCCUCGCCGUGGAGCUGCAGGCUGGCGCCGGGGGGCCCGGGCUCACCGCACUCGUGGCGUUCGUGCGCGACGCACUGAGCUUCCUAGUCACCGCCCGGCCGACCGCCGUCAACAUGGCCCGCGCCGCCCGAGACCUGGCCGAGAUUGCCGCCCAGGAGGCCGAGCGAGAGGGCGCUACCGACGAGGCGGUCCGGGAGAGGGUGAUCUGCUAUGCGGAGGACAUGCUGGAGAAAGACCUCAAGGACAAUCGGAGUAUCGGGGACCUGGGAGCCCACCACCUUCUGGAGCGGGCAGCCCCUGGGGGCGGCAAGGUGACUGUGUUGACCCACUGUAAUACCGGCGCCCUGGCCACUGCUGGCUAUGGCACAGCCCUGGGGGUGAUCCGCUCGCUGCAUCGCCUGGGCCGUCUGGAGUGUGCCUUCUGCACAGAGACCCGGCCCUACAACCAGGGAGCCCGGCUGACUGCCUUCGAGCUGGUGUACGAGCAGAUCCCUGCCACCCUCAUCACCGACAGCAUGGCUGCCACCGCCAUGGCUCACAGGGGCGUGUCAGCUGUCGUCGUGGGAGCUGAUCGUGUGGUUGCCAAUGGUGACACGGCCAACAAGGUGGGCACCUACCAGCUGGCCAUCACCGCCAAGUACCAUGGCAUCCCCUUCUAUGUGGCUGCCCCCAGCUCCUCAUGUGACCUCCGCCUGGAGACAGGCCAGGACAUUGUCAUCGAGGAGCGGCCGGGCCAGGAACUGACUGAUGUCAACGGGGUCAGGAUUGCGGCGCCCGGGAUCGGGGUUUGGAAUCCUGCUUUCGAUGUCACCCCACAUGACCUCAUCACCGGUGGCAUCAUCACGGAGCUGGGCGUUUUUGCCCCCAAGGAGCUCCGGGCAGCCCUAGGCACUACCAUCUCCUGAGAGGGGACCUGGAUGGACUCCAAAAGUAACCAACCUGGCUCUCCCUACCAUGCCCCAACCCCUUUGCUUUAUAAUAAAUUUAUGGAACGGCCUGCCCAAAAGCUGACCUUCCUCCCACAACCACGCUUCUUCCUAGGGCAGGGAGAGUGGACAGG